AUGGAGAACAAACAACUGAGGAAGUAUGUCCAAUUGUACAACAAGGAGGCCGAGGAAUUCUACAAUGGUGUAACGACAGGCCGUCCACAAGAGUUCCUGCCCUCCAAAGUGCAUGUAAAAAGCAUCCAUGAAAAACCAAGGACCGCCAAUGCUGGUGCAGAAAUCUCUAGCCUUGGUGUACGCUGGGAUAACGAGGAAAAGGAGAUCUUUUUCUGGUGCUUGUCACGUUAUAGUGUUCACCGUGUAGACGAGUGGCGCUCACUGUUGCCUCGAAAGAGCGCCAUGGAGAUUCUGGGCUAUUAUAAGUUGUUAAGAAGGGCGAGCGCAAGCGCGAGAUCACGCAAGGCGGGUGACGAUGGUGCGCCCAUUGCGUACGAAAUGAGCGCCGAAUGGAUUACCCUAGAGACAAAACUCAGUGAGGCAGUUGCUGCCAUCACGGAAGGCGCAGCCGAGGCCGCGAACGAGGAAGGAGACGGCGAGAAGGGGCUCAUUGAUUACGAAAGCUGGAAACGCAGGUGGGUGGCGAUCUACUCGCACAGCCGCAUCGCGGAGAUAAGACCCCUGCCCCGCCACGCGCUGCCCCUGUCGCGCAGCGCUGAGGAGACUCUAGAGCGCUGCGUUUGUCGCUACACACGUGCACUGCUGUGGUGCACGGCACUUUCGGGCAUGGCCUCCCGCAGCGUCUGCGCGUCUGCGGAAGAUUCUGAAGGUCGCAAGUCGCUUCCGACGGUGGUCACUCGGCGGCAAGUCGAGCGUGCUUUGUGCACCGAAGCACGAGCACGUGACCUGCACGUGCUCCCGCGUCGUGUUGCGUUGACACUGCGCAAAUGGGAACUGGAUUAUCCACGAGAGGGUAAACUGUUUCGCACCAAGGAAAUGGCUCGUCUGUUUCUACAAAGCCAGAUAUCAAGACAAGAUCUGGUUCCGCCCCCAACCCAUCAAGACCAAGACCAAGACCAUAUUGUAAGUGGUAAGGAAAGUGAAAGUGAAAGUGGAAGCGAAGCAGAAAGGGAUGAAAUCAACCAAGCGGACUUGUUUCGAUCCGCACUGCAUGAAAAUCAGCUGUUAAAGUGGCUAUCUAAGUGA